UUGGCUGACGACGUGAAUGAACCUUAACACACCUGAGAGAUGUUAGACAGGUGAGUUUCAGUCAGACACAGAGCUAAAAUCAUUCGAGCUGAAUGUUUCAUAUCCAGCUGUUUAAUUCAAACUGACUCCAAGAAGAAGAAGAAACACUUUAGCGAAUAAAAAGAAGAAGAAGAAGAAGAAGAAGAAGAGUUAAUGGGACAGGCUCGCUCCUGCACCUGUUCUCAGGUGAUCCUGAUGGGUCUUGACUCUUCUGGAAAGUCGACUCUGCUGGCCAGACUGCUGACAGGACAGGUGAUGGAAACAUCUCCGACCAUUGGAUUCAACGUGGGAACUUUGGACCUGGACAAGAAGACGUCUCUGACUGUGUGGGAUGUCGGAGGUCAGAAGAGCAUGAGACCCAACUGGAGGUACUACCUGGAUGACUGCAAGGCUCUGGUCUUUGUGGUGGACAGCAGUGACCAAGGGCGGAUGCCAGAGGCCCAGAAGGCGCUGAAGAAGGUCCUGAUUGACGAGAAGUUACGAGGAGUUCCUGUGAUGGUUCUGGCCAACAAGAAGGAUCUGCCCAACUCCAUGACCAUACGAGAGAUCUCCAACCAGCUGGAUCUCCCUAAUUAUACCGACCGGUUGUGGGAGAUUCAGGCUUGCAGCGCUCUGAAGGGACUUGGUCUCCAACAAGCCUUCAUGUCUGUCAACAAACUCAUCAAGAAGACCUGAGAGGAGGAGGAGGAGGAAAUAUGUGAAGGAGAGGACUAUUAAAACAUUAACAUUUUCAACAUUAGUUAUUUAUACUGAAUUAAACUUUACUGACAAAGCAAAAUUACUGAUUUUAAUGAAAAACAUAAACAUGUUUUGGUGUCAAUAAAGAUUUUUAUUAUUUA